UGGCUCAGCUCUCAGAGGGAGUCGAGCACCAGGCAGCGGUCUCCAGCCAAGCCCCCUGCCAGCAUGGCCAGUGAGUUCAAGAAGAAGCUCUUCUGGAGGGCGGUGGUGGCCGAGUUCCUGGCCAUGAUCCUCUUCAUUGUCAUCAGCAUCGGCUCUGCCCUGGGCUUCAAUUUCCCCGUGAAGAACAACCAAACGUCAGGUGCAACUCAGGACAAUGUGAAGGUGUCGCUGGCCUUUGGUCUGAGCAUCGCCACGAUGGCCCAGAGCGUGGGCCACAUCAGCGGCGCCCACCUCAACCCGGCCGUCACCCUGGGGCUGCUGCUCAGCUGCCAGAUCAGCGUCCUUCGGGCUGUCCUGUACAUCAUCGCCCAGUGUGUGGGGGCCAUCGUCGCCACCGCCAUCCUCUCGGGCAUCACCUCUUCCCUGCCCAACAACUCACUGGGCAGCAAUGGGCUGGCCUCUGGCGUGAAUGCAGGCCAGGGCCUGGGCAUUGAGAUCAUCGCCACCCUGCAGCUGGUGCUGUGCGUGCUGGCCACCACCGACCGGAGGCGUCGCGACCUCGGGGGCUCGGCCCCCCUUGCCAUAGGCCUCUCUGUGGCCUUGGGACACCUGCUGGCGAUCGACUACACCGGCUGCAGCAUCAACCCUGCCCGCUCCUUUGGCUCAUCGGUGAUCAGUAACAACUUCAGGGACCACUGGGUUUUCUGGGUGGGGCCGUUCAUCGGGGCCGCCCUGGCUGUGCUCAUCUAUGACUUCAUCCUGGCCCCACGCAGCGGCGACCUCUCUGACCGCAUGAAAGUGUGCACCAGCGGCCAGGUGGAGGAGUACGACCUGGAUGGAGACGACAUCAACUCCAGGGUGGAGAUGAAGCCCAAAUAGAGGGGCCUGGUGCACAUCCCCGGGGCUGGGGGCAGGGGCGGG